AUGAGGAGCUCAGCCAUAUGGCUUCUCCUGCUUCCGCAGGCCGUUCACGUUCUGGGAACAAACGCGCAAUAUUACAAAAACAAUCAUGGGGACAAUCCGCUCAGGAAAGAACCGGGGAACCAUGGGCUUGGUCCCAAGACCGCCAUUGAGACAGAGCAUGCCGCCCACACAGCGGCUCGGCAGGCAGGAGCCGAACUCGUCGAUGCCGCACUGUCCCAGCUGAACAAGGCAUCGCGAUCAUCGCAACACCGAAGACAACAGUCACCCGGCAUCUUUGGAACCGUCGUCCGAUACCUCCUGAACGCUAUCCCGACCAGACCCGCGACAGCCCCCUCGCAGGAGCAACAGCACCUAAAGUCCACUGCAGCCGGUCCCAUCGCCAAGGCUGUCGGUUUGCUGGAAAAGGCCGCGCAACAGAAUAAUUCCGACGCCCUAUAUCUGCUGGCAGAAUUGAAUUUCUUUGGAAACCACAGCCAUACCAGAGACCUCCACGCCGCCUAUAAUUAUUACAACCACCUGGCUAGCUCUCAUGGUAACAUGACCGCGCAGUACAUGCUAGGGCUGUUUCACUCGACGGGACUCGGCGACGUGGUCCCGCGAGACCAGGCCAGGGCCUUGCUUUACUACACAUUUGCAGCUCUUCGCGGCGACGUUCGAGCCGCCAUGGCUACCGCUUUCAGACAUCACAUGGGCAUAGGAGCGUCCAAGAACUGCGAAGUGGCGGUGAAGUAUUACAAGAGCGUGGCCGACAAAGCCAUUCAAUGGCACCGGACCGGUCCUCCCGGCGGCGUGACCUGGAUAUAUCAAGGGUGGCGAAUUGCAGACGACGACGGCGGUGUCUACGGCGAGGGCGCUAGUGCAGCGAGUUCAGGGCUCAACGCUCGUAAGGUGAGCGUACACUCUGAUGCCAACGCUGCUAUUAGCGACGUUAUCGAGUACCUCGACCUCAUGGCGCAAAAAGGCGAUAUCAAGGCGUCUCUGAACCUGGGAAGGAUAUUCUACGACGGACAGAGGGGCCUCGCACACGAUUAUGGUCUCGCAAAGAAAUAUUUCUUUUCGGUUGUCUCUAGAUACUGGAAAAGGGACGGCACGCUCGUGGAUAAUUUCAAGCCGGGCACGGACAAAAUCGCCGCCAAAGCAGCUGGCUUCGUUGGUCGCAUGUAUCUACGAGGAGAAGGUCUGCCACAAAACUUCGACCGAGCCAAGGUAUGGUUUGAGCGGGGAGCCAAGCUAAACGACCCCCAGUCGCAGUAUGGAAUGGGCCUGAUGUUACUGCGCGGCCUAGGCGUGGAGGAGAACGUCAAGCGGGCUUCGGAACUUUUCCAACUUGCGGCAGCGGCAGAUUACGCCCCAGCCCAGGUUGAGACGGGACGACUGUAUCUCGAUCAGGGUGAAGCCGAGGACCUGCGAGUGGCGAGCAACUUUUUCGAACUUGCGACCCGAUACGGAAAUAUCGAAGCCCAUUACUAUCUGGCGGAGAUGAUAUAUCAUGGCGUGGGGCGCGAGAGGACGUGCCCCAUGGCUUUGGGCUAUUACAAAAAUGUCGCGGAAAAGGCGGAGCCCCUGGUCUCAUCGUGGGCGGACGCGAAUGACGCCUACGAUGCUGGAGACUAUGAGGUGGCCUUUCUUGAGUAUUUAAUGGCGGCUGAACAAGGCUACGAAAGAGCACAGAACAACGUGGCAUACAUGCUGGACAUGGCCGAGGCCAAAAAAAGGUCGUCGUGGCUGGGCAGGUCAAAGACCAAAGGAACUCUCCUCAACAACCCAAGUCUAGGCCCCAUCUACUGGACUCGGUCGUCUAGACAGGCCAAUGUCGACUCGUUGGUCAAGAUGGGCGACUAUUAUUUCUACGGCAUUGGCACCAAGGCUGAUGUCAGCAAGGCCUUGCAGUGCUAUACCGGAGCGUCGGAGCACUCGCAGAGCGCCCAGGCCUUGUUCAACCUCGGAUGGAUGCACGAGAACGGCAUUGGCCUUGAGCAAGAUUUCCACUUGGCAAAAAGAUUCUAUGACCAGGCGCUGGAGGUGAAUGAGGAGGCUUACCUCCCUGUCACUCUGAGUCUUCUUAAGCUUCGGGCUCGCAGUGCCUGGAACACGAUUACGCAUGGCGACGUCCACUCCAUCCAGGACGAGCCCAGUAAAAGAAAGGACUGGUCGCUGGCAGAGUGGAUUGCCAACUUUAUGAAAGAUGACCGGUAUUACGACGACGAAGCACUGUACGACGACUAUGUGGAUGAUGAUACUCUGGAUGUCGGAGGUGAUGACUACCUGGACGCAGGCGGGAUUGUAGAAAGUAUCCUCAUCAUCGGUAUCACAUUUUCCUUGGUAUUGCUUCUGUGGUAUCGGCAGAGGAUGCAGCAAGCUUACGCACAAGCUGAGGAGGCGAGGCGGCAGGGUCAAGCCCAGGGGCAGGGGCAGGGGCAAGGCCAGGGCCAGGGUCAAGGCCAACAGCCGCAGCAGCAACAGCCGAUUCCAGGAGCCGCUGAGAAUCCUGCGAACCCAUUUGAUGGGUUCGGCGGUUGGGCCGCCGGAGGGAUGGGUUUAUAA